AUGGCGCUGGCCCUGUGGAUCUUUGGCCUGCUGGCCUCCGCCCGCCUGGUGUCAGCCAACAUCUUUGAGUACCAGGUGGACGCCCAGCCGCUCCGUCCCUGCGAGCUGCAGAGGGCCAGGGCCGUCCAGGAGCGAGCCGACCACGUCCCCCAGUGCGCCGAGGACGGCAGCUUCCGGACCGUCCAGUGCCAGAGUGACGGCCGCUCCUGCUGGUGUGUGGGCGCCGACGGCAGGGAGGUGGCGGGCAGCAGGCAGCCCGGGCGGCCCGUGGCGUGCCUGUCCUUCUGCCAGCUGCACAGGCAGCAGGUCUUGCUGAGCGGCUACCUCAACGGCACGGCCGCCCCCUACCUCCCUCAGUGCCAGGACGCGGGGGAGUACGCGCCUGUGCAGUGUGACCUGCGGCGGGAGCAGUGCUGGUGUGUGGACACGGAGGGCAUGGAGGUGUACGGCACCCGCCAGCGGGGCAGGCCCGCCAGAUGCCCCAGGAGCUGUGAGAUCAGGAACCGCCGCCUUCUCCACGGCGUGGGGGACAAGUCGCCGCCCCAGUGUUCUCCGGACGGCGGGUUUCUGCCCGUGCAGUGCAAGUUUGUCAACACCACGGACAUGAUGGUCUUCGACCUGGUCCACAGUUACAACAGGUUUCCAGAUGCAUUCGUGACGUUCAGCGCCUUCCGGAGAAGGUUCCCCGAGGUGUCCGGGUAUUGUCACUGCGCGGACAGUCAAGGGCGGGAACUGGCUGAGACAGGUCUGGAGCUGCUGCUCGAUGACAUUUACGACACCGUUUUCGCCGGCCUGGCCCUCGCGCCCACCUUCACGGACACCACCCUGUACCGGAUCCUGCAGAGGCGCUUCCUCGCCCUCCAGCUCGUCCUUUCUGGCAGGUUCCGAUGCCCCACGAAGUGUGAAGUGGAGCGGUUCACAGCGGCCGACUUCGGUCACGCCUACGUCCCGAGCUGCCAGCGGAGCGGGGACUUCCAGGCGGUGCAGUGCCAGAGGGGAGGCCCGUGCUGGUGCGCGGACGCCCAGGGCAACGAGGUCCCGGGGACUCGGCGGCGGGACGCGGCGCUGCCUUGUGCCGGAGCCGGGUCCUGCUCCUCCGAGAGGCGGCGGGCCCUGUCCAGACUGCGCUUCGGGCCCUCGGGCGACCUCGGCCUCCAGGGCUCCGUCUUGACCGCCUGGAGCGGAGCCGGACGGGCCCCGCCCUGUUCCCCCGCCAUCAAGGAGCUCUUUGUGGACUCAGGGAUCCUCCGCUCCCUCCUCGAAGGGCAGGACCCACAGCUUUCCACCUCGGAGAGUCUCCUCCCCGAAGCCAUCCGAGGGAUUUUCCCCUCCCGUGAGCUGGCUCGUCUUGCCCUUCAGUUUACGGCCAACCCAAAGCGACUCCAGCAGAACCUCUUUGGGGGGAGAUUUUUGGUGAAUGUCGGCCAGUUUAACUUGUCUGGAGCCGUUGGCACAAGAGGCAGCUUUAACUUCAGUCAGUUUUUCCAGCGACUCGGUCUCCCAGGCUUCCAGGGUGGAGGAGGACUGGUCAAUCAAGCCAAACUCCUCUCUGCGGGACUGGAUUCGAAUCCUGCAGUGGAAACGCCCAGAGCCGCUAAGAAAGGCAGGGCUAUGAAUAAGACAAUUGUGGGCAGCUUUGGCUUUGAGGUCAACGUGCAAGAGAACCAAAACGCCCUGAAAUCCCUGGCUUCUCUCCUGGACCUCCCAGAAUUCCUUCUGUUCCUGCAGCGUGCCGUGUCCGUGCCAGAAGACAUAGCCAGGGAUUUGGGUGACGUGAUGGGAAUGGUGCUCAGCUCCCAGGGCUGUGAGCCGACACCCGGCAGCCUUUUCGUCCCGUCAUGCACGGCAGAAGGAAGCUACGAGGAUGUCCAGUGCUUUGCCGGAGAGUGCUGGUGUGUGGACUCCCAGGGCAAAGAACUGCCCAGCUCCAGGGUGAGAGGCGGACGGCCACGGUGCCCCACAGAGUGUGAGAAGCAAAGGGCUCGGCAGCUGAGCCUCUCCGGCAGCCAGCCCGCAGGCUCCAGUCUGUCCGUGCCUUCCUGUACCCGCCAGGGGCGCUUCCUACCUGUUCAGUGCUUCGACGCCGAAUGCUACUGUGUGGACGAGGAGGGUCAGGCCAUUCCCGGAACUCAAAGUGCACCUGGGCGACCCCAGCCGUGCCCCACACCCUGUCAGCUGCGGGCCGAGCGCGCCUUCCUCGGGGCCGUGCGGACCCUGGUCUCCAACUCCAGCCUGCCGCCCGCUCUGGCCAGCGUCUACGUCCCGCAGUGCAGCGCCCGCGGGCGGUGGAGGCCCGUGCAGUGUGACGGGCCCCCGGAGCAGGCCUUCGAGUGGUACGAACGGUGGAGGGCCCAGGACAACGGUGGCAGGCAGCCGACGGCGGCCGAACUGCUCACGAAGGUCCUGAGCUACAGGGAGGCGGCCUCCGGCAGCUUCCCUCUCUUCCUGCAACGCCUGUAUGAGGCCGGCCUGCAGGGCGUCUUCCCAGGCCUGGCCCGGUACUCCGCUCUCCGCGAGGUGCCUCCGGCCGUGCUGGACGGGAACCGGACCCGGCCCGGGGGCAACGUCCUGCUGGAGCCCUACCUCUUCUGGCAGAUCCUGGGCGGCCGGCUCCGCCGAUACCCAGGGCCCUACUCGGACUUCAGCGCCCCGUUGGCGCACCGGGACCUGCGGACCUGCUGGUGUGUGGACGAAGCCGGUCAAGAACGGGAGGGCACCCGGACCAAGCCAGGCGAGGUCCCCGCAUGUCCUGGCUCCUGCGCGGACGUGCAGCUGCGUGCUCUGCAGUUCAUCGCGGACGCGGAGGAGGUGGUCUUGGCUUCCAACAGCUCCUGGCUCCCUCUGGGGGAGAGUGUGCUGGCGGCCGCGGGAAUCCAGCUGAGCAACGAGGAGCUCGGCCUUCCCCCAGGCUCCCCACCCCGGGAGGCCCUCGCCCAGCAGUUUCUGCGCGGCGGCAGCGAGGAUGCCCUUCGCCUGGCAGCUCAGUCCACCUUCGACUUCUAUCAGCGUCGCGGCUCUUCCCCCGCCGACUCCUCCGGAGCGUCCCGCCGGCGGUCCAGCCCCUACGUGCCCCAGUGUGACGCGUUUGGAAAUUGGGAGCCCGUGCAGUGCCACGCGGGGACCGGGAACUGCUGGUGUGUGGACGGGAAGGGACAGUACAUCCCGGCCUCGCUGACUGCCCGCUCCUCCCAGGCCCCCCAGUGCCCCUCCGCCUGUGAGAGAGCGCGAGCGAGCGGGCUGCUCUCCAGCUGGAAACAGGCCGGAUCCCAGGGAGACCCUUCCCCCGAAGACCUCUUCAUCCCCGCCUGCCUGGAGACAGGAGAGUUCGCCAGGCUGCAGGCGACGGACGCUGGCAUCUGGUGUGUGGACCAGGCCUCAGGGGAGGGCACCCCGCCCCGCACGAACAGCAGUGCCCAGUGCCCGGGCCUCUGUGAAGCACCCCAGAGCGGCAUCCUCUCCGGGACGGCCAGCCCAGGCUACACCCCGGCCUGCGGUGCCGAGGACGGAGGCCCGUCCCCGGUGCAGUGCAGCCCGGCCCAGGAGAGCUGCUGGUGCGUCCUGGGCAGCGGAGAGGAGGUGCCCGGGACCCGCGUGGUCGGGAGCCAGCCGGCCUGUGAGAGCCCGCAGUGCCCGCUGCCGUUCAACGCGUCGGACGUGGCCGGGGGAGUGGUCCUGUGUGAGGCGGCCUCGGGCCCGGGCGGGGCCGCUGUCCAGCGGUGCCGGCUGCUGUGUCGCCGGGGCUACCGGAGCGCCUUCCCGCCGGGGCCGCUGGAGUGCAGCGUGGAGAGGAGACGCUGGCUGUCGCAGCCGCCCCAGCCCCGGGCCUGCCAGCGGCCCCAGCUGUGGCAGACCCUGCAGACCGGAGCCCAGUUCCAGCUCCGGCUCCCGCCGGGCAAGAUGUGCAGCGCCGACUACGCGGGCCUGCUGCUGGCCUUCCAGGCCUUCAUCCUGGACGAGCUCACAGCCCGCGGCUUCUGCCAGGUCCCGGUGAAGACUCUCGGGACCCCUGUUUCCGUUCCUGUCUGUGACGACUCGGCGGUGCGGGUGGAGUGUCUGACCCAGGAGCGUUUGGGGGUGAAUGUCACGUGGAAACUGCGGCUCGAGGACGUCCCACCGGCCUCUCUCCCCGAUCUGCGGGACGUGGAGGAAGCCUUGGGCAAGGGCCUCGCCGGGCGCUUCGCGGAUCUGAUCCGAAGCGGCGGGUUCCAGCUGCAUCUGGAUGCCAAGACGUUCCCCGCAGACACGGCCCUCCGCUUCCUCCUGGGGGACAGCGUGGGCCCCUCGCCCAGGACCCGCUAUGGGUGCUUGGAAGGAUUCCACCCAGUCUCGGCCCCCAGCGGCGCCGGUCAGGACCCACUGGGGUGCGUGAAGUGUCCCGAAGGAAGCUCUUUCCAGGACGCGCGGUGUGUGCCCUGUCCUGCGGGAUUCUACCAGGAACAGGCCGGGAGCUUGGCCUGCGCCCCGUGUCCUGCGGGCAGAACCACCGUUUCCGCCGGAGCCUUCAGUCGCUCUCACUGCGUCACUGACUGUCAGAGGAACGAGGCCGGCCUGCAGUGUGACCGGGACGGCCGCUACCGCGCCAGCCAGAGGGACGGGGACAGCGGGAAGGCCUUCUGUGUGGACGACGAGGGGCAGAGGCUGCUGUGGUCCGAAACGGAGGCCCCGCUCACGGACUCCCAGUGUCUGAUGAUGCAGAAAUUCGAGAAGGUCCCGGAAUCGAAGGUGGUCUUCGACGCCGAGGUUGCCGCGGGAGUCAGGUCCCAAGUUCCUGGCUCUGAGUCCCCCCUGGCGCAGUGCCUGGCAGGCUGUGCCUCGGACCAGGCCUGCAGCUUCCUCGCAGUGUCCAUGGUGGGGCCAGACGUCUCCUGUGACGUCUACGCUUGGACAAGUGACAGCAUCGCCUGCACAGCUUCUGGUCAGGAGCAGGGCGCGGCGGGGAACGCCCAGGCCACCGGCUUUGGAAGCCUCAGGUGCCAGGUGAGGGUCCCGCCCAGGGGCCAGGACUCCGUGGCCGUGUAUCUGAAGAAGGGCCAAGAAUUCAGCACGAGAAGCCGGAAAAGCUUUGAACGAACCGGUUUCCAGAACGCGCUCUCCGGGAUGUACAGCCCCGCCGUGUUCGCGGGCCCGGGGCCCAGUCUGACGGAGGCGCACCGCUUCUGCCUCCGCGCGUGUGACCGGGACGCGUGCUGCGAUGGCUUCGUCCUCACCCAGGUCCAAGGAGGUCCCAUCCUCUGUGGCCUGCUGAGCUCCCCCGACGUCCUGCUUUGCCAUGUCCAAGACUGGAGGGACCCCGCCACAGCCGCGGCGACUGCUACCUGUCCCGGGGCGACCUCCGGCCAGGGGAGCCGCCGGGGGACACUGCUCCUGGGCGGCCAGGAGUUCCAGAGCCUGAACCCCCUGGAAGGGACUCAGGGCCGCCUGACCAGUUUCCAGCAGGUCUAUCUCUGGAAAGAUUCUGACAUGGGGUCUCGGUCCGAGUCUGCGGGCUGUAGAAGGGACAUGGGACCAAGGUCAACACUUCCACCGGAAACAGAUAUGACGUCACAGCUCUUCUCCCCUGUGGACCUUACCCAGGUCGUCAUCAGUGGGAACCGGUCCCUGCCCAGCCGGCAGCACUGGCUGUUCAAACACCGGUUCUCACCUCAGCAGGCAGACCUGUGGUGCCUUUCCCGCUGUGUCCAGGAGCCCUCGUUCUGUCAGCUGGCCGAGAUCAGAGACAGCGCCCCCUUGUACUUCACCUGCACCCUCUACCCAGAGGCCCAGGUGUGUGAUGAUGUCCUGGAGCCACGUCCCACGGGCUGCAGACUGAUCCUGCCCCACAGGCCGAGUGCCCUGUUCCGGAGGAAAGUUGUUCUGAAGGAGACAGUGAAGAACUUUUACACCCGCCUGCCGUUCCAAAAGCUGACGGGGCUUUCCAUUAGAAGCAAAGUGGCCAUGUCCGACAAGCCCAUCUCCAACGGGUUCUUCGAGUGUGAACGACUGUGCGACGCGGACCCGUGUUGCUCCGGCUUUGGCUUUCUCAACGUUUCCCAGUUAACAGGAGGAGAGGUGACAUGCCUAACUCUGAACAGCUUGGGACUUCAGACCUGCAGUGAGGAAAGUGGAGGAACCUGGCGCAUUUUGGACUGUGGCUCUCCCGACACUGAGGUCCGCACCUAUCCCUUCGGAUGGUACCAGAAGCCUGUCGCUCAAAACGGUGCUCCCGGCUUCUGCCCCUCGGCGGCUCUGCCCUCCCUCCCGGAGAAAGUGGCUCUGGACGCGUGGCAGGCCCUGGGCCUCUCCGCAGCAGUGGUGGACCCGUCCAUCAGGAGCUUCGAUGUCGCCCACAUCAGCACGGCGGCCGCCAGCGACUUCUCUGCUGCUCGAGACCUCUGUUUGCUGGAGUGUUCCCGUCACCAAGCCUGCCAGGUCACCACUUUGCAGACCCGCCCUGGUGCUCUGAGGUGUGUGUUCUACCCCGAUACCCAGGUCUGCACACUCAGCCUGCAGGCCCAGCACUGCCAACUUCUGCUGCGGGAAGAGCCCACCCACAUCUACCGGAAGCUGAACACCCCUCUGCUCGGCUUCGGGACUUCUGCACCUUCUGUGACCAUCGCCCCCCACGGCCAGCUGCUGGGCAGGUCCCGGGCCAUCCGGGUGGGCACUUCGUGGAAGCAAGUGGACCAGUUCCUGGGGGUGCCCUAUGCUGCCCCGCCCCUGGCAGAGGGCCGCUUCCGGGCGCCGGAGCCCUCCAACUGGACCGGGUCCUGGGCUGCCACCAAGCCACGGGCCCGCUGCUGGCAGCCGGGAACCAGGACGCCCACACCGUCCGCCGUCAGCGAGGACUGCUUGUAUCUCAACGUGUUUGUCCCUCAGAACGUGGCCCCCAACGCAUCCGUACUGCUGUUCUUCCACAACGUGGAGGCCGCGGCCGGCGACGGGAGCCUCGCCCUGGACGGCUCCUUCCUGGCUGCCACUGGCCACCUCAUCGUGGUCACUGCUGGCUUCCGAGUGGGCGUCUUCGGCUUCCUGAGUGCGGGGUCCGGCGCGGUGAGUGGCAACUGGGGGCUGCUGGACCAGGCGGCGGCUCUGACCUGGGUGCAGACCCACAUCGCAGCGUUUGGCGGGGACCCUCGGCGGGUGACCAUGGCAGCUGACCGCGGCGGAGCCGAUGUGGCCAGCAUCCACCUUCUUGCCGUUGGGGCUGGCGGCUCCAGACUCUUCCGGAGAGCCGUGCUGAUGGGUGGCUCGGCGCUCUCCCCCGCCGCUGUCAUCAGCCCGGAGCGGGCGCAGCAGCAGGCAGCGGCCCUGGCACAGGAGCUCGGCUGCCCCGCCUCGCCCGUCCAGGAAAUGACAUCCUGCCUCCGCCAGAAGCCCGCCAGCGCCCUCAACGACGCCCAGACCAAGCUCCUGGCUGUGAGCGGCCCCUUCCACUACUGGGGCCCCGUGCUCGACGGCCAGCUCCUGCGGGAGGCUCCGGCCAGAGCGCUGCAGAGGGCGCCGCGGGCCGCGGUCGACCUGCUCCUCGGGAGUUCGCAGGACGACGGGCUCAUCCUCCGGGCGAAGGCCGUGAAGCAAUUUGAGGAAAGUCAAGGCCGGACCAGUAGCAAAACAGCCUUCUACCGGGCGCUGCAGAACUCGCUGGGCGGCGAGGACGCGGACCCGGGCGUGCUGGCCGCCGCCACGUGGUACUACUCCCUGGAGCACUCCGCCGACGACUACGCCUCCUUCUCCCGGGCCCUGGAGAACGCCACCCGGGACUACUUCAUCACCUGCCCCGUGAUCGACAUGGCCCGCCGCUGGGCCAGGAGGGCCCGCGGGAACGUGUUCAUGUACCACGCCCCCCAGAGCCACGGCCACGGCAGCCUGGAUCUGCUGGCCGACGCUCAGUACGCCUUCGGGCUGCCCUUCCACCCUGCCUACGGCGGGCAGUUCACCCCGGAGGAGCAGAGCACGGCGCUGACAAUCAUGCAGUACCUCUCCAACUUCGUCCGAUCCGGGAACCCCAACUACCCUCACGAGUUCUCACGGAAAGGGCCCGAGUUCGCAGUCCCCUGGCCCGACUUCGUCCCUGGCGCCAACGGGGAGAACUACAAGGAGUUCAGCGCCCGGCUCCCCAAUCGACGGGACCUGAAAAAGGCCGACUGCUCCUUCUGGUCCAAAUACAUCCGGUCCCUGACGGCGCCUGCAGAUGAAGCCAAGGAUGGGCUGUCAGCGGGGAGUGAAGAGGCGGACCAGCCGGCUGGCUCUGGCCUGAGAGAGGACCUCCCAGAUCCAGGCUCCAAGAGCUACAGCAAGUGA